AUGAAGAAGAUUCGAAUCACUUACCAGUUCAAGGUGAAGAUACUGAAGAUGGAGGUGGUACCAGCAAGAACACGAGCUCCACAGUUGCAAGAGAAUAAGGGAGAAGAAUUUCGAAGAGAGAGAAAAGGAUUCAUUAAUGAUUCAUUCACACAAUUCCCCUCCCCCCUGAAUGUGUUUCUCAGCAUUGUUGUUGAGGAUUUUGCAGGGAACGAAAUAAGUGAGAGAUUUGCGACGACGGGGUUUCAUGGCAACAUGAUAUCAUACCUAACUCAAACACUCAACUUGCCACUGGUGAAGGCUUCCAACACCCUCACCAAUUUUAACGGCUUGGCCGGUUUCACUCCGUUGCUUGGUGGACUCAUUUCCGACUCUUUUGCCGGCAGAUAUUGGACCAUCAUCCUGGGUUCCUCUAUCUAUACUUUGGGAUUGGUGAGCAUUAUUGUAUCAGCAGUCCUACCGGGACUGCGCCCUCCACCGUGCCCAACUCAAGUGGACUGCAAGGAAGCCACAAUCUUUCAGCUAUCGAUCCUAAACAUUUCUCUCCUCCUCACAUCCCUCGGAUUAGGUGGCAUUAGACCCUGUGUGAUCACCUUCGCAGCCGACCAAAUCGGCAUGUCCAAGUCAGAAACAGAGUCUAGGAGCUGGAAUUUCUUCAACUGGUACUAUUUCUUCUUAGAUUUAGCAACACUCACUGCUAUAACAUUGCUUGUUUAUGUUCAAGACAAUGUGAGUUGGGGUUGGGGUCUUGGAAUUCCUACCAUUUCCAUGGCCUUGUCUAUUGUGGUCUUCAUUAUUGGAUCUCCUUUGUAUAAGAAAGAGAAACCAGAAGGGAGUCCUCUGGUUAGAUUGGUUCAGGUGAUUGUUGCUUCUGUGGGUAAGAGGAAAGAAGUUGUGCCAGAGGACUCGACUUUGUUGUACACAAAUGAAAAGCUUGAUGCUUCUAUUUCUUCGAAUGGAAGGCUUCUACACACCAAUGAUUUCAAGUGGUUUGACAAAGCUGCUGUAGUAACAGACUCAGAUAAAAAACACUCCCCAAAUUUAUGGAAUCUAUCCACAGUCCACCGAGUCGAAGAGCUCAAAUCCAUAAUCCGAAUGUUACCCAUCUGGGCAUCCGGAAUACUAGUCAUCACUGCAUAUUCCCAUCAAGACAGUUUUAGCAUUCAACAAGCUCGAACAAUGGAUCGUCACCUCUUCCACUCCAACUCAUUCGAAAUCCCUCCUGCAACCAUGGCAGUCUUCAAUAUUCUCACCGUGCUCAUUGGCCUUAUGUUAUACGAGCGACAAUUUGUGCCCUUGGCUCGUCGUUUCACUGGACACCCUGCAGGCAUCACGUGCCUGCAGAGAAUUGGUGUAGGCUACACAAUUGGCAUUUUGGGUACUGCUGUAUCGGCUUUGGUUGAAAUUUGGAGGAAAUCAGUGGCUGCAGAUUAUAAUUUGCUUGAUAAACCGGCUGCGGUACCCAUUAGUGUGUUGUGGUUGAUUCCUCAGUAUUCGAUUCGUGGGGUGUCUUCAUUGUUCUUUAAUGUUGGACGAUUGGAGUUUUUUUACGAUCAGUCGCCGGAGAGCAUGAGAAGCACUGCGGCAUCAUUGUUCUGGAUAGCAAUUGCACUGGGGAGCUACGGAGGUACAUUGAUGGUAUCAUUGAUUCACGACUACACAAGCAAAAAGACGAAUUGGAUACCAAAUGGAAACCUCAAUAGUGGCAAAUUGGAAUACUACUACUUGUUUGUGUCUGGACUACAAGUUAUUAAUCUCAUUUAUUAUUUCAUAUGUACUAAGUUCUACACUUACAAGGUCGUGGAAGAGGCUAGUGACCGUGCUGACGAUGGAUAUGCAGAAUUGGCCACAGAUGAUGAUAAUAUUACAUCUACGCCUGUGGAGCAAGUUCGUGGUAAUGGAGAAACAUUGAUGUAGUUUGAUUUCGAACAACAUAUAAUCUUCUAACAAAAUUUUAUACAAAACAAAAUCAAAACACUCAUUAGGGUGUUUGUUAUAGCUUAAACGAUAUGUUUGUAACUUAUUCUAAUUUAUGAGCUUGUAAGUGACUAUUUGGUUCA